CACGUGUCAACUUGAGGGACAGGGAACCGGAACCGUCAGGAACAAUCCAGGAUUCCGGUUCCUCCUGGAACUGAUUCAGCCCAUAACCUAAACAGUCUUAUCUUUUUAGAUAAAAUCUCUACUUCUCUUCUUCCUCCUCCUCAUCAGUUUUACAACUCCUCCUCCUUCUACAGUCUAGGGUUUUCAUUUCUUCUUCAGCCGUAAAACCCUAAUCUUCUCUGCAGUUGUAAUGGCGACAGUACAAGUAACUGGUUCAGGAAUUGGAUUACUGCCUUCAUUUGAAGGACUUAGCAGAUCCAGUGUUAAGUUUUCAACUUCUUCUGCUGUUAUUGCUUCUUCAAAGAGGUCUUUCAGAGGUCUUGUUGUUAAAGCUGCUACUGUUGUUGCUCCAAAGUACACUACCCUCAAGCCCUUGGGAGACAGGGUGCUCGUUAAAAUCAAGACAGCAGAGCAGAAGACCACAGGUGGUAUUUUGUUGCCUUCUACCGCUCAGACUAAGCCACAAGGAGGUGAGGUCGUUGCUAUUGGGGAGGGUAAGACCGUCGGAAAGGCCCAAGUCGAUGUUAGUGUGAAGACUGGUGCUCAAGUCAUUUACUCCAAAUACGCCGGAACUGAAGUGGACUUCAAUGGAGUAAGCCAUCUUAUAUUGAAGGAAGAUGACAUUGUUGGUAUUCUUGAGACUGAGGAUGUCAAGGAUCUUAAGCCCCUGAGCGACCGUGUCUUAAUCAAGGUUGAGGAGGCAGAGAAGGAAACUGCUGGUGGAUUACUUCUGACAGAGGCUAGCAAGGAGAAGCCCUCCAUUGGAACGGUUAUUGCUGUCGGUCCCGGUCCUCUUGACGAGGAAGGAAAGAGGAAGCCACUAUCAGUUGCUCCAGGGAACUCUGUCUUAUACUCCAAGUACGCUGGAAACGACUUCAAAGGCGCUGAUGGUUCUGAUUACAUUGCUCUUAGGGUAGCCGAUGUGAUGGCCGUGCUAGCUUAGAGUGAUCCUGUGGCUAUGUAGAAUAAUUUUGACUGAGAUCUUUGAGGCAUUGUAGUUUUUAUUUUUUUUCUUGCAAAGAAUAGAUUAAUGUUAAAACAUGAGCAGAGCACAAUCAGAUUUAUCACCAUCAAAACAUGGGGUAUGUUCCAAAAUGUUAUGAACUUUUACGGCUUCAAAUGGGAAUCAAGCUUCUGGAACCUA